AUGGAUAUCAACGAUCCUCCCAUCAGCAUGGGGACCACUCCUGAUCCCGACAUAACUCAGGGUGACCCGCCAACGGCGGCAACCCCACACUUGUCACCUCGUUCCACAGCGAGCGAGGGACACAUACAUGUGCCUGACAUCCCCCCGUUAAGCGAGGGACGUCAGAACACGGUUUCAGGCACGCUAAAAAUAGUGUUCCCAAAGAAUGAUACACCCCAUGAGAAUAUGAUCGCAUUACUGCGGUCAGACUACAAAUCGGUUGCUAUAAUGACCGAUAAGGACAAACUCAGGACUACAACCGAGCAGCAGACCAAUUGGAUCCCGUGGAAGCGCAGGCUCCACCGGCUUCUUGAUGUUGCCGGCUGUCUUCCCUUUGUCAUGGGAAAUUACCCCAAGUCCAUGUGUCGCACACCAAGCGAGCGGAUUUUGUGGAGCCGGCGCGAUGCUGUCGCGAAAUACCUUAUCAGUGGCUCGAUUAGCGAUGAGCUAUCUACACACGCUGACUCAGUGGGUGAUGAUGCGCUCAUCGAUGAGCACGCUGCCGACAUCUGGCAGCGGCUCAAAGAAGCAUUCGAGCUACGGUCCGGACAGCAUGUAACAACACUGUACCGAAGGCUAUACGAUAAGCGAGCCGAUGACUCCACACAGAUCCUGAAGCACCUUCUAGAAUUGAUGGAGCUUCGUAACCAGAUCGCUGCUUCCGUAUCCAAUCCCGCGGACCGCGUACCUGAGCGAAUGUUCCAGAACAUCGUUCUAACCGCACUACCGGUCUCCUGGUCCAACUGGACAGGGGGCUUCUUUGCUAUACGAGGAAACUCCCAGAACAUUGUUCGACAAUCCACACAGGAGCUGCUCUCCCUCAUUCGGGAGGAAAACGGCAACGCGGCCCGGGCGGAGUUUCUAACUCCAGAUCCGGUCCCUCGGUACCAAUGA